AUGGCCUAUGUUCUCGAGCACGUUUUGCAAUACCCCGGCAGCUAUGACAUUCCCCUCAAGACCAUGUACGAGCUGAAUCGCGUGGACCGAGCUCACCCUCUCCCCAAGAACCCAUCUAGGUCUGGCAGCACAUCCCCCGUCAAUGGCCAGUUUGCCUGGAACAGCGCUGAAGCUGCGACCAUGAGCUUCACCUCAUCCCUUAUGAACCAACUCAAGGCCCUGCCUACACGAACCAGCGCCCUGCCCCCCGCCUUCAUCGUCAACUUUGUCACCCGUACCUUCAUGCCCGACCCUUCGGAAGUCGACUGGAGCCAGGCCUUGACCGCCCUCGAUUACCUCAAAGACCUCGAGACCCGCCGCCGCCGCGAAAUGGCGACUACUUUUGAAGCUCUCGACGUCCACAGGGACACGUGGGAAGCCGACAUGGCCCGUGUUGCGGAGACGGCUCCGGGCAUUGCUCUGUGGAUCAACAACCUUGAGGGCAAGAACCAGAAAGCCGAGUCAUAUUAUGCCCAAAUCUGGCUCGGUCUUCGUCGAUGGAUUAUGAUCAACCACCUUUCAGACGAUGAGUUCAGCAAGCUCAAUUGCAUCAGCUACCUCAACACUCUGUUUCCUCCUGUCCAUAGCCAGAUGAAACUGCCUUCCCAAUAUCUGGACCAUGAGGUUCUCAGGGAAGAGCGCCAAGUUUUCUUCGACAUGAUUAGUCAGGUACAGAGAAGGGGCCCAGACGUGCUGCUUCCAUUGAUCAACCGGGACAAGCGCCCCGAAGACGCUACUGGCUGGCCCUCUGUUCAGCGCAUCGUCGACAAGUACCUUCGUGUAGCCCAAAACAUGAUCCAGGACUGCAUAUCAACACACGGCCCAGAGUCGUUUGACCGAUACAUGAAUGGUCCCGGAAAAGAGAAGAAGCACGACUCCGGCGUGAGCUUUGGCUCUGAGCGCAGGCCGAGCGUAGGCUCGAGCGUGUAUGAAAAGCCUGCGGCUGAGCCUGUUCCAAACUAUGCAACCUCGAUCAAAGGGCCCAGCAAGUUGGAGAGAAUCACCCGCGAGUUCAAGCGCAUGCGCGUCAAGCCUCGCCCUGAAGUCGAAGAGAUUACCCGCAUCAAGGAACGAAGCGCUGCCGACUACGUACCCCAAACUGGCGAGAAUGCCGGUAAGAAAUCACUCAAAAAGGCACGGUCGCUGGCAAGCCUCAGAUUCGGCAACGGCAGCUCCGCCUCACUUUCGAGCCGAAAGGGUAGUGAUGCCAUGCCCUUUGACGCAGAAGAGAUGAAGAAGCACCGCUUGAUGUACGAGGCCUCAGUCAGUAAGAAGACCAAUGGCCAAAACUAG